AUGGCGUCGGCCUCGAGCAAGGUCGGCGGUUUGACCGUUGCGCUGCGCAUCAUCACCCCUCUGGCACUCGGAUCCGCAGGAUACGCAGCUUCGCGCGUCAACUGGCCUGUGGCCAUCAGGGCCUUCCUGACAGGUCCGGGCCGGACCUCGCGCGUCUUGCUGCUGCUCAUGGUCAUCUUCAACUGGAAGAAUCUUCCGUUUGCGUGGACAUACCGAGUCUUCUCCGCCAUCAUCUACCAUAGCAUCCUCCGCAAAGGACCCCAGCUGCCGCCCCGUGCCCUCUUCAAGCCCAUCAUUUCGUCGACGCACACGCCCCUCCUCGAGAUCGACUACAACCUGCACAAGUCCAACUCGACCUACUUCACCGACCUCGACGUCUCGCGCUCCCACCUCGUCAGCUACCUCUGCCGUCCGGGCCUGCGCAAGCUCGCCCACAACAGGCAGACGCACCUCAUCCGCGACCCCAAGACGGGCGAGACCAUCCGCGGCUCCUUCGGCGUCAUGCUCGGCGCCGUUUCCUGCAGCUUCAAGAGCGAGAUCAACGCCUACGCCGGCUACGAGCUCUGGACCCGCCUCCUCUCCUGGGACCGCAAGUGGAUAUACAUCGUCACCCACUUUGUGCCCAAGGGCGCCGCCCGCCCGACCGAGUGGAUCGACCCGCGAUUUGGCAACGUUCGCACGAGGCCCGCCGGCGAUUCCGCCACCCGACCCGAGCCGAAGAUCCACGCGACGGCCAUCAGCAAGUACGUCUUCAAGCUUGGCCGUUACACCGUUCACCCGGCCAUCGUCCUCGCCGAGUCGGGCCUGCUCCCGGCUCGCCCCGGUGGCUGGACGGGCGGCGAGGGCCAGGUCGGCGACGAGAGCGUUGAUGUCAGCCAUGUCGACCUGUCCUUCGAGGGCGAGUGGGACUGGGAGCGCAUCGAGGCCCAGAGGAGAAAGGGGAUGGAGCUUGCGGGCCAGUUUCAGUCCCUCGACGACGGCCACAACCUCUUUGACGGCGGCAGCACGGGUGCGCUCGGCAAAUUUGGCCCCUGCUAA